GCGGAGCAUUGAGCAGGCCCGGCCUGGCGCAGCGGAUCCGCCUCCCUGCUUCCCUUAACCGCUGUGGCGGAAGUGUGGGAGAGAUGUCGCGGUUCUGACCGAAUACUGCGAGCGACGGGGCCGAGGCGGUGACACCCGCCUCAGCAGCAGUGAAUCAUGCGAGACCUAACAGCUCGCGUCACCAGCAGUCUGCUGCAAUUUCCAGAAGUGACUGUACAAGCACUUGGGGAAGAUGAGAUAACGAUAGACUGUGUACUUCAUGGGAAAUUCACUGCAGGGCGAAAUGGGCUGGCUUGCCUUGCAUGUGGGCCUCAGCUUGAGGUAGUAAGCCCAGUCACUGCAGAACGGCUGUCUGCAUAUUGUUUUAGUGGUGUGAGUGAACAGCCUCCCACUAUCCUUGCAGUGAAAGAGUUUUCCUGGCAGAAAAGAACUGGACUACUAAUUGGCUUGGAAGAAACAGAAGGAAGCGUUCUGUGUUUGUAUGACCUUGGAAUAUCGAGAGUGGUCAAAGCAGUAGUUCUUCCUGGAAGGGUCUCUGCCAUAGAACCCAUAAUUAACCAUGGAGGAGCCAGCUUGACAACACAGCACUUGCACCAGAGUCUUAGGUGGCUAUUUGGUGUGGCUGCUGUGGUCACAGACGUUGGACAUGUCCUCCUGAUAGAUCUUUGUUUGGAUGAUUUAUCAUGCAGCCAGAAUGAAAUAGAAGCAUCUGAUCUAGAAGUUAUCACUGGAAUCCCUCCUGAAAUCCCACAAAUAAGGGAAACUAUAACAAGGAAAGGUCGGCAUCUCUGUUUCCAGUUAUUGAACCCAUCAGGAACUGCUGUGACAACUCUCUCUUACAUACACAGAAGUAACCACUUAGCUGUGGGGUUCUCUGAUGGAUAUCUCUCACUGUGGAACAUGAAAAGCUUGAAGAAAGAAUAUCAUUCCCAGUUAGAAGGAGGUAGAAUUCCUGUGUAUGCUCUUACUUUUCAAGAACCUGAAAAUGAUCCUCGCAAUUGUUGUUACUUGUGGGCUAUUCAGUCAACCCAAGAAAGUGAAGGGGAUAUUGUGAGUUUACAUUUACUGCAGUUGGCUUUCAGUGACAGAAGGCGUUUGGCAUCAGGACAAAUCAUGUAUGAGGGUCUGGAAUACUGUGAAGAAAGAUACAGUCUAGACCUUACAGGAGGAGUUUUCUCUUUGAGAGGGCAGACUAGCAACACCAAAUUAAUUGGUUGUCAAACUGUAGAAAAAUUUCGAAGCCAUGUUGACAGAGAAGAUGGUAUUAAUGAAGUCAUAUCACCUGACACAAGUGUAUCUGUAUUUAGUUGGCAAGUGAACACCUAUGGUCAAGGCAAACCUUCUACCUAUUUAGGUAUAUUUGACAUAAAUCGCUGGUAUCAUGCUCAAAUGCCAGAUUCAUUAAGGCCAGGGGAAUUUCUACAUAAUUGUCCCUAUUUUGCGUUAUGGUCCCUGGAUGCUGUAGUAAGCAUGACGUCUCCACAUCGCAUCUUGGAUAUCUUGGUACAUGAACGAAGCUUUAGUCGAGGUGUGCCUCCUUCAUAUCCUCCACCGGAACAGUUUUUUAAUCCAAGCACCUAUAACUUUGAUGCCACUUGUUUGCUGAACUCUGGAGUUGUUCACGUGACUUGCACAGGGUUUCAGAAGGAUACCUUGCAUUUCUUUAAAAAAUCUGGUUGUUCCUUAAACGAAGCUAUUCCUGAUGGUUAUAAUAGGUGUCUUGUAGCUGGUUUGCUUUCUCCAAGAUUUAUUGACGUUCAGCCUUCAAGCUUGAGUCAGGAAGAGCAAUUUGAAGCUGUAUUAUCAGCUGCUAUCCAAACUAGUUCUUUGGGGCUCCUCACUAGCUGCAUCAAACAGUGGACUGCUCAAGAGCAACCAGAUUCUGCCCCAAACUUACGUUUUGUUCUUGAAUGGACAUGGAAUAAAGUGGUUAAUACAAAAGAAGAUUUUAUUCGUCUAUGUAUCCCACUAUUUGAUGGAUCAUCUAACUUUAUUGAUCCACAAACUCUACAGUCUCUACAGCACUGCGAGUUGCUUCUUAGCAACCUUAGCACAGUUUUGAACUGUUUUGUAAUGGAAGCACAAGAAUUGACAGAAAAAGGCGUUACAGAUCUAACAAACAAGCAGGUUGUAACUAGCCUGCUUUUACAGUAUGUGCAAGUAGUUAUCUGGUUCUGUCGAUCCAGCCUUCUUCCAGAAAGUUCAGAUGAAGAUAUGGAAUUGUCAAAACCUUCCUAUAAUUACCAACAUAUACAGCGCUUUUAUGCCAACUGUCGUCAGAAACUGGAACGCUUAUCAAGAGGCAAAUGGAACCCUGAUUGUUUGAUGAUUGAUGGAAUGAUAUCCCAGUUAGGUGAUUCAGUUGUGAAAUUGUGGCAGAGAGAUGAUGGAGGAACAGGAAAAUAUCCUCCUCCUACAUUACAUGCGUUGCUUGAUCUCUACUUAUUAGAAAAUAUUGAAGAACUCUACAAGCAUGCAACUACAAUUUAUUUAUUACUGGACAUCAUGCAUUCCUGUCCAAAUAGGAAUGAUACAUCAGUGGAUGCUUUCCCAACUGCCUUUGCAGUUCCUUUAGGUCUGGUUAAUCUAAUCCAAGGUUUUUGGUGUUUGGAUCACAGUGACUAUGAGAAUUCUCUGACCUAUCUGUUUCACCCAUCUACAAUCAAAUUUCCUUGGCAACACAUGAGAAUAAUUCAAGCAUUGAUGUGUCAAGGAGAACACAAGCGAGCCCUCCAGUACAUGCAAACAAUAAAGCCAUCAAUGAUGAGCAGCAGUGAAGUUGCACUUCACCUUACUGUCUUGCUAUUUAACAGUUGUAUGGUGGAAGCUUGGAGUGUGCUGCGGCAGCAUUCUACCCGGUUAAAUGUACAAGAGAUGCUUAAGCACGUAUAUGAAAUCUCUCAGGAGUUGGGAUUGAUGGAAGAUUUGCUAAAACUGCCAUUCACAGAAACUGAACAGGAGUGUCUAGAGAAGUUCUUGCGGACAAGCACUGGUGUCAACAAUCACGAGUUCCUCUUAGUUCACCACCUUCAGCGUGCCAACUAUAUUCCAGCACUGCAGUUGAAUCAAUCGUUGAAGACUAAUCUCAUGAAUGACCGUGAUCCGCGCUGGAGAGAGAGAUCAGUUGCCAGAAAUUCUAUAUUAGACCAGUAUGGGAAAGUUCUGCCCAGGGUACAAAGGAAGUUAGCUGUAGAGCGAGCCAAGCCGUACCAUCUGUCAUCUUCACUAAGGCGGGAAAUUUUGAGACCAAAGCCAUUAUCAACUGUUGCAAAGCAAGUUGCUACAGGAAAUGUAGUUACAAAAGCAACUUUCAUCAAUAAUGUACUGUCCAAAAUUGGAGAGGUAUGGGUGGGAACCGAACAGAAAAAUAAGUUACUUCAAAAUGAUGCAACCGAAGAACAACCAUCUAGAGUGGAUCCUUGCAAUGAUAAAGAGUUGCCAGACCCAUUUGUUGGAACGCCAGUUACUAAAACUUUGAGAAAAUGUUCCAGAUUGCUUGACUUGGUGGUCCAGCCUAUUCCUCUUGAUUCACCACCCGUUGGAAGUAGUCUGCAGGUGUCACCAAGAGUUUCUGCUUCCUGUUUGCUUUCUAGUCCAUUGCAUUCCAACCCUCAGUACUCCAUAAGAACAUUACUCCAUAAGAACUUUACAAGAGCACCAGAAUUAAAAUUACUGGAAACACCCCCUGUUGUCAAGAGAGCUAAAGCUUUGACAUCUACAUCUUCCUCUGGCUUCCCUGGUUUUACUCCUCAGUCUAUUUUGAGAUCCAGUCUUCGCACUACUCCUUUAGCUACUCCAACUGCAUCUCCAGCAAGAUCUAUUACACCCACGUUACGUUCAAAAGAAACAAAAAUAUCGUUUAUGGAAGAAAGCAAAGCUUUACAAUGGACUGCUGGGAUGAUGGAUCAUAAAACAAAAUACACUGCAAUUACUUCUGAAGAUUAUUAUGAAGUUCAAAUGGAUGAUAUGUGGGCUAAGAAUGGAAAAACUUGCUCCUUUUCGGCAUACAGUCUUCAGGAAACACAUGAAGAAAUGGACCUGUUACCAGUAUGCAUACAAAGCGAGCAUUUGGAUAAAACUAAACCUUCCGAAAAAACUAAUACAACUGUUGUUAAGUCAGACAAAACUACUUCGGAGCGUCAUGGUGCAAAAUCACCAGUUGACUUCAGAGAUGAUACCGUCAUAACCUCUCAGUCGGCUCAUUUUUUCUCAGAAGACAUUGUAGUCCUACCAACUGUAAGAGAAGCUAAUGAGAUAGUGGGAAGUGAUCCUUUGCAAAUGGAACAGCAAACAUCUGCAGAUGUAGAACAGUCAGCUGGGUUCCCUGAAAAGGAGGACAAGAAAUAUGGCUCACUUCCUGAUGGAGUACUUGUAAUGGAUCAUUUGACUGCUAUCCAAGACACUGUAGUUUCCUUCACACCAUCUAAUGAAAGUGAAACUGAUGUCCUAGAAUCCAGCAUGCCACCAUUGCAGGAAGACAACAGUCACCAUGCUGAUACAAGUACACAAGCCUUGGAGCCAGUAGGAGCAGAUUCUGAAUCUGUUAUCAGUAUUCCUGAUAGUGAAGAUGUUGCAAGUAUUCAUUCCAAAAAUGAACUUGAAGAAAGAGAAGCAAUACAUGAAGAUAGAACAGAAGAAGCAAUCAGAGAGGAAGAUACAGUAAUCCUGCCAGAAAAAACAUCAUCUAAUAUUGAAAAUCUUAUUGGAGACAGAAAACACGAGGAACAAGUUUCAGAAGCUAUAGUGGAGGCGUUCCCAUACAAUGAACUGUGCUCCUCAAGCAAUCUCAAAUUUCAGUACAGCUGUGACAAUAUAGAGCAGCAGGUCACAUGUGAAUUACUUGAUAGAGAUGCUGAUGAAUCUUCCUUUACUGAAGGAGAUGGAGAUCUUCUGUCUCCAAACAACUUUACUUUAAUAUUAGAAGGGGAUGAAGAAGCUGAGAUAGGAGACUCUACUGUAUUGAGUACUUUUCCUCUUAAAUCAGCUAGCCCAAAAUCAGAGGGUGAGUGCAUGAAUAGUGCUGGAAGUAACAACGAAGAACUUGCUACAAAUUCAGAAUCCACAGUAACUAGUGAUCAGAAAUCGCAGAAUACUGAAGAACCUAUUGAGAUGGCUGUUGCUGAAAAUGUGUUAGAUGUAAUCAAAGAUACAAGAAGUAAAGAAUUUUCAGCUGAAGUAGUGGAACAAUCUCUUCAUCAAAGCAUAAGCAAGGCAUUAAGUUCCCCUGAGGCUCCUCUACAAAAUGUUCUCGAAACAAAUAAAGAUAUAAAAUUAAGUCAAGUGGAAAAUUUGGUGAUGUCUAGUACCAGCACAGAGCAGGCAACACAAAGUGUAAAUGUCCCAUUAUCUGAUGAUCAGCCAUUGACAAAGAUGGAUAAACCAGACCUGUUGGUACUGCCUACGCCAAGGAGAAGUGCUAGACGAGCGAGAGAGACUUCAGACAUCCCUGAAAGCCUUCCCUUCAAUCCUGAAGAAGGACCUCAAGAACAGCAAACACGCCAGGCUAUUGCUUUUCCAGUCAGAGAUGCCAUCAAAACAAAGGAGUGUGACUUGGAAAUAUCGGCAGAUGUUCAUCCCAUUGCUCAGGAGUUUCAGGCAACCAUUACUAAAAGGAGAGGGGUUAGAAAACCAAAGGAGCUUGCAUCACAACCUCAUGAGCAUCCAAAUGAGCAGCCGCCUUCUGCUCGCAGGAGGACUGCUAGAAUGACAAGAAGUUUAGUAGGGGAUCAAGAAGGUAGUCAGUUCAUCAUUGACCAUACAAUACAAAUGACUCUCAAUCCUAAAAGUGCAAGGAAACUAAAAACCAUUGCUUUCCAUCUUGCAGAAAACGUAAUUUCAGAUCAGGAGGUGGAACCCCAUCAACAGCCGCCGAGUGCAAAACCAAGAAGAGGAAGGCAGAAAAAACAUGGCAUACUGAAAGUAAUAGCUCAAACAGAAACUGAACCUGGGAACUUACCAUUAUCUACACCAGUCAGAAGGGGUAGAUCUAGAAAGUCCAGUCUAGCGGAAACGAUUUCUGAGCAUGACAUCCAGCUAAGUGAACCACAUUUAUCUGUACCAACUGGACAAGAGAGAACACGAAGCAGAAGUGUAUCAGAAACUGUUUCUGACCGAGGGCCUGAGCUUACUGAACAGCUGCCUGUAAAGCGUAAAAGAGGUAGACCAAGAAAGAAUCCUUUAAAUGUUUCAGCAAAUUCACUGUUGGACUUGUCUUUGUUGUCUCCUCCUCCUCGGACAGAUACUAAAUCCUUUGUCGCUACUAGAAGAAAUACUAGGAGUGGGACGUUGAACCUGUCUACAAGCACAGGAUGUUUACCUUCUUUAGAGGAGUCUGCAGUGGACACCACAAAGAGGAAAUCUACAAGAGUUAAAUCUGCAAGUGUAGAGAAAACAGAUACAGAAAGAUCUAAUCUGGAAGAACACUCUGUUCAGCCAAGUGACACAGUGGCUUCGGCAAGGAGGCAGUCUAAGAUGACAUCAAUUAGAAAGAAGACACAGCUACCAUCUCUUUCUGAGGAAGGUACAGAGGAGGAGGAACACUUGGCACAAUCAACUGAUAAUAUACUUGGAUUGCAAUCCACAGAUGUGACCAAACUGAGACUUGGUGAAACAGGGAAAACUUUGGCACACCAUGAUAGUCAUGUUAAAAGGACCAGAUACAGCAAAAAGAGUGUGAAACAGAGCGUCUACUUGGAUGUAAAUGAAGCCUUCUAUUUUUCACCUCCGCUUACAAAGCUCACAGAAAAAACUAAAGGUGAACAAGCAGUGACGCCAGUGCAGCUCAAAGGUUUAGAUGCAGGGUUGGCAUCUCAGUUUGUCUUCUCACCCCCUGUUUUGAGGUCCAGGAAAAAACAAGCGUCCAGUAUUUCAAGGAUUGUGGAAGAUUUGAAACUGCCAAUUAAAGAGGAAAAGGAUGCCAUCUCAAUAGAGUCACUAGAAAAGCAGAAAGUAAAAAGAAGUAGAGCGACGAGGUCGAAAUCAGCAAAAACAAGCAAAGUCCUAGGGAAUGAUGGUAGUUGGUCACCGCCACCAAUGGAAAUUAAGUUCAUUUCUCCGUUUGGCACCCCAGUAGAUGGAGCAAAAGGCAAGCAGAGGGAAUCUGUGGACAAAGCAGAAAAGGCUGCUCAAAAGACUGUUCGUAGGAAAGAGAAGAGACUAUCUAGCUAUCCAAAGCCAGUUGUUCGGAAGAAGAUGCUAUAACUGUUUUUAAAAUGUGUAAUAUACACCAUUGUUUGUAAAGUCAUCAGAAUUGUGUGGAAUAUUAAGGAAAAAAUUGUCUAAUUUGGAAGAUAAUUUAUAUAAAUUAUUGUAAAAUUUCAGAAAACUAAAGGUCUUCAAUAAGUAACUCCAUGUGGAGUGUGAUUUCUUCAGUCAAUGCAGUUUUUUCUAUUUUAUAAAACACUUCAUACGUUUAUAUUAUAUGUAAAUACAUCUUAUUUUAGGAAUGUUAAAUAAAAAUGUAUACUUAACAAUGAUUAUUGUCCACUAGAUUUUUGAGAGAGAAUAAUGGGACUGCGUGGAGCGAACAACUCAAAAGGGGAUUUUAGUGCUGGCUUGCCACUGCUGAUGCCUCCCUAAUGGGGAGGCUGACUUGCUUUUUUUUAAAACAGUUUGAUCUUGCAAUGUUUUUAAAAAUUAAAAUUUGGCAGUUUUAGGAUUUAUAGAAAAUGUUUUGAAUUGGUAAUACUUACCCAUCGCAAACGAAUCCUUACUCUCCUGAUUGAACAUGUACUUUAUUGAAGUUGGAAUGUAAACAAUUGUAUUGAAGCUGUGCAAUAUUUUUUGUAUUUGUCUUAACUUGGGAAAGCUGCUCUUCAGUUUAUAAAACGAAAUCUCACCUCAAUUGUUUCAUUGUUCUUUCAAUUUGCUGCAUCAUCAGCAGGAGUCCCUAACACCUGAGAUAUUUCUGUGCUCCCAACUAUUCACCACAGUUCUCAACAUUUUCAGGGAUUUCACCUACUUCAAUCUGAUUCAAAAUUUGAUAUUUUGAAAUGACGCAUGUUUUAUAGAUUUUGUGGUUACUAGAGAACUACUACCAUAAUGUUGGUAAAAUAAAAGUUGUCUGGAAAUA